CAGAGACACACAGAGCCCCCAGGAGAGGAGACCCCAAACCCUAGAGAGCAACACCAUGGCGGCCCCAGCUAUCGAGUCCGUGCAAUGCUUCGGUCGGAAGAAGACGGCGGUGGCAGUGACCUACUGCAAGCGCGGACGCGGCCUGAUCAAGAUCAACGGCUGCCCAAUCGAGCUCGUCGAGCCUGAGAUCCUCCGAUUCAAGGCCUACGAGCCGAUCCUGCUGCUCGGACGACAGCGCUUCGCCGGCGUCGACAUGAGGAUCCGAGUCAAAGGCGGAGGCCACACCUCCCAGAUCUACGCCAUCCGUCAGAGCAUCGCCAAGGCCCUCGUGGCGUUUUACCAGAAGUACGUUGACGAGCAGAGCAAGAAGGAGAUCAAGGACAUCCUGGUCAGGUACGACAGGACUCUCCUCGUCGCUGAUCCCCGGCGCUGCGAACCCAAGAAGUUCGGUGGUCGCGGUGCCAGAGCCAGGUUCCAGAAGUCCUACCGUUGAGAGUAUUGCCCCUUUUUCAAUUUAUGUUAUUUCUAUCGCUUUCGUAUCGAAAUUGAUCUCAAUCGGUGUUUUGUUUUAAUUCCUAGUUUUAAUAUUUGCUAUGGAUUUUGAAAGUGCUCUGGAUGUUUAUGCUUAGUUAUAAUUUGGUGAUAUUUUGAAGAAUGAUUGAAUGUUUCCGGGUUUGA